CUCUCAGACAAGACUAGUGCCUGAGGCCUGACUGAGCCCUGGGAUGGCCCUCACUGAACUGAAAUGGACUAUGUGUCAGGCCAAGGAUCUAGUCUGCUCACUGGUGGUCCUCCUGUGUCUGCACACAGCCACAGGAAUGUCAGGGUGGGGUGGAUGUUUGGACGGUCAGGAUGUAUUUGCAACAGUCAGAGAAAACAGCCUCUCGGGAGAAGUUGUCGCUGAGCUUAUGGCUGACACCACAAUUGAGGGCAUACACUGGGGCCUGGAUGGAAAGGAUGCUGAUUGGUUCUUCUUGGAUGAAAGACACAUCCGGCUGAACACAUCAGCUGACAAGGUCCUCGACCGAGAGGCACAGGGUCCCCUCCUCAUGGCGGAGUUGUCAUGUUAUGAGGAGGACAUAUUUCAGAGUGUGUACAGGAUUGUGGUGGAGAUUCUUAAUGAGAAUGAUAACUCACCCAUGUUUUCAGAAAACACUGCUCAGUCUCUUGUUAUUAGUGAGCUUACUCCAGUGAAUACUGUGGUCUUUACUGUCCAGGCCACAGAUGCAGAUAACGACAAGAUCAUUUACUCUAUUGACCAGACAUCACCUGAUGCAGAGUACUUCAGGUUUGAUCUCCCGAACAGUGGAGAGGUGAUCCUAUCCAAGCCUCUAGACUAUGAGACCAAAACUGUGCUCACUGUCACCAUCCAUGCCUCGGAAAUGAGCACUGCUGAGCGUUUCAACACCAGCACCAACAUCACUAUCACCGUUUUGGAUGGGGAUGACCAGUACCCACAGUUCCUGCCCUGCACGCUGCUCUUCCAAGACGAGAUCAGUCGCAUCUGCACCAGCCCCGUGUACACGGUCAAUGUCACAGAGGGAGAAGAGGACAUUGUGCUGGACUUCUCUCCUGGUCCCAUUCAUGCAGUGGAUGGAGACACAGGACUCAGCUCUCCACUCAGUUAUGCCAUUCUCUCAGGGGAUGAUGAUGGCUAUUUCCUGAUGGACAGAGAGACAGCGGAGGUGAAACUGAUUCAGGGAGUGAGAGACAGACUCACAACUCCAUUGCUGCAUCUUCAGGUCAUGGCAUACCAGGAUGAUGACCCCAGGAAGUACUCUGUUGCUACAGUCUUGGUCCGAGUCCUGGCAGUGAACCAUUUUUAUCCAGAGUUUGACAUGGCUGAAUAUCAUGGUUUUGUAACUGCUGGAAAGAGCCCUGCCUCUCUGGUCAAUACCUAUGGCAGCAAAGCACUGAUGCUACAUGUACAAGACCAGGACUUUAACAAUAGUUUCAACCCAAUGAUCCACUUCACCUUCAGUCCUACAUCCAAUUACACAGACAUCUACCAACUCACACAGGAGGGUCUUCUGAUCGCCAAAACCAAUCAACUCAAACCGAAGCAGAAACACAUUCUAGAGGUAACAGCUACAGACCUGGAGUCAGGUGAUGCCACCUUUACUACUGUAGUGAUCGAGGUGUUGUCUGAAGGACAGUCAAUCCCUCAAAGUCCACUGGGAGAUGACCGCCUGACAGGCUGUACUGUGGGCAAAGCGUUGUUUCUCAGCAUGGUAUUUAUGACUCUGCUGGGAUGUAUCUUGUCUAUGGUGAUGUGGCUGAAGAAAAAACACAAGGGAAAGCGCGACCCACUGCAGAGAGGUUGUGUGGCCCAGGGCAAACACCCCAACGUGAGCUUACGGUGGUUCCAACUGGUGAGUCACCGCAGUGCCAUGCCGCACAUGGAUGAAGUACCCUUUAACAAUGAAGAAUAUGGAACCUGUAAUCCUUCCUUCAGCUUCCUUGACAACCCCGGUAUCUACACUCACCAAGACCUCCCCUCCUGCCGAGGACCUGUCCCACCCAGAGCGACCGCUGCACCUGACACCAGUUUCAUCCCGACUGAAAGUGUGUGCAGCCCUGUUAUCCUCAAUAACAAUGUUUCUAUGUCAACCAAAAGCUCCUCUAGUUCACCCACCUUUCACCCAGCCACUGUGGAUGUGAACCCCACACACAUGGCUUCAGAUGCUGCGCCAUCCAAAGAAAACCUUGACUUACCACUUGCUACAUCCCUGGACCCUAUUGAGGUACUACCUAACACCAGUCCUAGCCCUGCAACCCCUGAUGCCCCUUGCACCCCUCCUUACACCUGUCCCAAUUCACAAACUAUCCAAACAACCACUGAUGAUGACCCUGCUGACCCCGUCACAAGCCCCUCCUCACAGGCUAGCAUUCCCUGCAGCAACACCCGAAUUGCUUCAGCAGAAAUAGACAAACCCUUCCGCAAAUCUCGUGUGAAAACACCCCCAUAUUCACCUUUAUUGUCCUCAGCCCUCCCCAAGCAGAUGAGCACACCCCCAUCCACCCCAGAGCACGCACCUUUAAAAGCCAAGCUGGUACAUAUAGAUACGUCACCCCUUGACACACCUCCAGUGACACCAGCGCGAACAACUGAGACUCUAAGCACAGAAGAAGACCAACCCUCCACAUCACUGGACCAUACAGACCAAUCAGAACACCCAGGCGCAGAUGCUGAUAGUCCAUUUCAGGAGAGAAGGCCUUCUGCAAACUCAGGAAACAGCCAGGACGGCCGCAGGGCGGGGGAUGAGGAAGACGAUGGUUUUCUGGGAGAUGAAGAUGCAGACAAGAACAGUGAGGGUGAGGGUGAGUUAGAGCCAGAUGAAGAAGAGCUACUGAGAGUGAUUGCUCGUUGUAAUCCCAUUUUUCUUACAUUUAGUAAGUGAUGUUACUAUAAUAUCACAGGCACUGAGAGUGACGGGGCGGACAACAGAACGUGGAGGAGGUAAGGUGAAGAUGGAUGACAGACAGCGGACAGCGGGCAUGUCAAUGAGCAAGAGAGAAAGACUACAGUCUGAUUCUUCUGUACUGUAGGUACUGCUGAAACACAAAAGAGGACAGAAUACUGUACAUACACAAGAUACACAGCACAAAGGCCACAUAAGCAAAGACAUGCAUGUUCACUCACCAUAUGUAGAUGCUUACUGUAUGUAAACAUUUACUUCACACACAUUAAUGUUGACACAUUAUAAUGCACAAUGCUGUAAAAAAAAUCAUCAAAUCUCUUAUGUAUAAAUCACAAUAGCUUUUCAACAACGCAACGUAUUCACCAACUGUAACAAUAGAACAAGUAUUGUACCUUCUUGUCAUGAAUCAAAAUGUAUUCUCUUUGAUUGUUUACGAAUACUGCAAUUGUGUUCUCUUAAAGGGUAAAUCCACAAGAAAUCACAGACAAACAGCUCCUCGCUGGAAACAAACUUCCAUAAAGGCAGAAUGUCUGGCCACACAUUUCAAUCAGCGAUGUCACAGAGGCUGCUACAUUUCAGUUGUCAAUAGUGACACAUCUGCUAUGACAUCCUUGACCAUUUGACCUCACACUUCGCACCCUGUGUGGUUUCGUGUAGAAUUACCCUUUAAAUAAAACUUUUACAUAGCACUGCAGCGUUAAUUGUUUUAUUACGCCUACUCUACAAGCUGCCUCAGUUUUUUUUUCUUUGAACAUAAGUAAAGUUAUUGUUUGACUGAAACAAUGAGCCAUGGGAAGUUAUUCAAGUGGAAAUGUGCCGUUGAGCUGCUAAAGGGUGUGAUUUAAGUUUUACACUUUGAGAUUUUACAGGUAUAUGAAUAAAAUGAAAACAGAAUGUUGGGGUUAACAUAUCUCUGCCCAAACACUAUGGCAGGAGCAGUAAGAACAGUCAGAUUACUACAACAAGGAGAAUUUACAACCAUGCAUGCUAGCAGCUGAGGCUGCAACGUAGUUUGUGACCUCCAUGUGUUAGCUUUAGCAUUACAGUUGAGUCACAGACUAAACUUCAGUUUCUCAAACACACAGCAAUGUUUCAUAGACCCAAAAGGUCAUUUUUACAAGAAUUUUAAAAUGAUGAACAGCAGGUUUUUCAAAUGUUGACAGGUAUCAGAGAUGUUACCGUGCAUGUUGCAAUGAGUUAACACGCUAAGACGUCCAAAUGUAUUAACACAAUGUUGAGCUUUUCACCUCCUGCAGAUUGUCUCACUUUUUCGAACACCUUUGCAUGUCUUACUGGGUACACUGAAUACAAUAACAUUUUAAUGCCUUAGAAAUAGACCAUAAGCAUUAUGUAUGUAUUCAGCUUCUGAGUGUAGAUUAAAAUUGCCAACAUUUGAAUUAUAAUUGGAAUAUUAGGAAACAAAGUAUUCUCCUGAAAGCAAAUGGUGAGAGGAAAAGAGCUUGAAACAAUCCAGAGGUCAGUGGGUCAACAGUCUAAAAGAGACCAGGAAACAGAACAUUUCCUGAAGAGGCAGAAAGCUGGAAAAGGGAUCCUAACGCAGCAGUGACAAAUUUUGACUUCAACUUAAAACGAUGAAUCAUUUUAAUUGUAUUUAUAGGAAAUGUUACUUUUUUUUCCAGUUAACAAAAACGCAGCUACGGAGUAUGAUGUACAUCUUAUCAUUUGUGAGCAACUGCCAUGUAAAGAACACCUUACAACUACUUAACUAUUCAAGUUAAAAGAGUCCAGCAGCCUAACCGCUCCAAUUUUAUUUGUUUUUAUUGAGACAUUGCUCCCAAUCACAAAAACUGGACCUGUUUGUUAGUGUGCUCGGUUUGCAGACCAACAGCUUAUUUACAGUAAAGUCACUAGUGAAAGACUUGUUGCUGCAGUGAGCCUGUAAAAAAACAUUAUCAUAUACAUUAAAGUAUAGCAUAAAAAUUAUCAACAGUGGUUAUAAAUGGUGGUAGUGAUAAUACAAGCAUAACAAACAUAUUUAGGAAGGGAGAAAGAAGUUUUUUCCCCAAACUGCUUACAAAAAAAAAGGACAAAGGAAGAUUUUUGCUUGGCACACAAAUGAGUUAGUAGUUCAGCUGAAUCAAACAAAACACAAAACAUAGCCUCAAACAAUGGGGAAAGCCAGUCAUCGGGAAUACUAUGUACACACAUAGAUUCACAUGCCACACACACAGACACACACACACACACACACACACACACACACACACACACACACACACACACACACACACACAAAC